AUGGCUGCUGCUGAAGAACAACUUCUGAAGCUCUUAGAUUCAUAUUGGUUCCAGCAUGGAAUACUGAGUAUCAGGAAACCAUGCACAUCAUCUUCUUUUUCUACAAAAUCAGUGUAUGAUCAUCAAGAUUUUCACAAGCUAGAAACGCCGGCGCAGAAGCUUUCGGAGAUGGCAAAGUUUCAAGUUCGUUCCAAGAGUGAUCGAUGCAUAAGAUGCAAUAUAGGUAACGACCCGGAUGUUGCAUCUCCCAAAUCAGUCAUUUCGUUCGGCAAAGAAAACAAUUUCUCAGAUCAAAGUGCUGAAAUUGAGAAAUCCAUGAAGAAAAAGGUCAGCACUGAUGGAGGAAGGAGGAGGAAAGGCAGGAAGGGAAGGAAAGGGAUUAGCAGAAGCUUAUCAGAGCUUGAGUAUGAGGAGCUGAAAGGGUUUAUGGAUUUGGGUUUUGUUUUCACUGAGGAAGACAGAACAUCAAGCUUGGUAUCAAUACUGCCUGGAUUGCAGAGAUGGGGAAAUAAGGACAGCAACGAUGAGCCUGUCAAUGGAAAUAAGGACAGAGUAGUUUCAAGGCCUUAUCUUUCUGAAGCAUGGAACGUUUUGAAUCAAAGAAAGGUAAACAAACCAAUGGCUAACUGGAAAAUUCCACCGUUGUGCAACGAAAACACCGUAAAAGACCAGCUUAAAGCUUGGGCACAUUCUGUUGCCUCAUAUGUAAGAUAA